GGUUUUGAUUACUGUGGUGGACGGAAUGGCGGCGGCGACUAUGAUUUCCGCGGAAAUGUUUGAGGUGAUGGCGCCCGUGCUUUACUUAAGUCGGGUUUUCGGUCUGCAGCCGCUUAAGUGGAAGAGAGGGGAUUAUAACUACGUCAUCGAGAAGUCGCACGCGUAUGUGGCUUAUAGUAACAUCGUCGUGGUGUUUUUUGUGAGUGCGAGCAUAUAUGGCUUAUCGCAAGUGUACCAACUGGACCUGAUUUACUUAAUCCGAAUUGGCAACAGCACCCACCGUUACGUCACGUUUUCGGACGUCGGGGUGGUUUUAAUCCCUUCGGUACUCUCUGUGGUGAUUACAUCCCUGAAAAUCGACAAGUACGUCAGAUAUUUCGACUACUUAAGAAAAUGUGAUGGGGUUCUUCAAAAACAACCCUUCAGAACGUGGAGACACGGAUUGGUUAUUUACACUACUAUAUUUUUCACUGCGGGUAUUUUAGUUGUGGAUAUGGUGAUGUGGAUUAAUUUAGCGUCCAAGGAACAAAACGCCUAUAUUCUUUUUGGUUACUUUUUUCCCUAUUAUGUUUGCUAUUGUUUCACGAUUGUAGUGGAAUUGGUUUACUGGCAGAACGUGCAUGCGAUUAUGCGUAGGUUAAUUUGGUUGAACGAAAAACUCGCUGAAGUCGCAGAGGAAAUGAACAACGAUAUUUUGUUCAUGCGUAUCGACAGAAAGAAGAUAAGUAAUGUUGUAGAUACACUAAAUGCGGAUAAUUUGAAGAAGCAGGAACAAAAGAAAAGUGGUAAGUAUGAAAGGUGGGCUUAUUCGGACCUGUCAAUGUGGAUGCACCUUGUAGUUCUAUCUCUAGAGCAAAUCCAAGACCUAAUUUCCGCCUACCAGCGACUAACCGACGCCACAAAUUCCAUCAACGACUGCUUCGGUCUUAUCAUUCUGAUUAUCCUCCUGGGGUGUCUAAUUCACCUACUAGUCACCCCUUACGCCCUCUACGCUAUUAUUUUCACCACAGGUAAUAGCAUGUUUAUAGUUUCGCAAUCGAUCUGGAUGACAGGACACGUUUUACGCCUAUUUUUAAUUGUCGAACCUUGUCACGGUUGUUUGAUCGAAAUAAAAAAAACAACGGCUAUGGUGUGUAAACUUCUGUGUUUACCGUCCAAGAAAGAGGUCAGGAAGUCGCUGGAGUUUUUCUUGGACUAUUUGGCCCAGUGCAGGAUCGAGUUCAGCGCUUUUGGGUUGACGAAAAUCCACAGAGGCUUGCUAACGACGAUCGCCGGAGCCGUGACGACGUAUUUGGUCAUUUUGUUCCAGUUUAAUAGGAAUUGUUAAUGUGUGUGAAAAAUAUUAAAUAUGUGUUUAAACUA